GUGAACUCUCUUGGAGAGACCGCUGAACGCCUGAUUCAGUCUCACCCUGAGUCUGCUGAAGAUCUCCAGGAGAAAUGCACGGAGCUGAACCAGGCCUGGAGCAGCCUGGGGAAACGGGCCAACCAGCGCAAAGACAAACUCGGGGACUCCCACGACCUGCAGCGCUUCCUCAGCGAUUUCAGGGACCUCAUGUCUUGGAUCAAUGGAAUCCGGGGGCUGGUGUCUUCAGAUGAACUGGCAAAGGAUGUGACUGGAGCAGAGGCUUUGCUGGAGAGACACCAG